GCAGCGCGUCGCUGAAGAGCGGACGCUGCCAGGGAAACACGCACGCAGAGCCGUCGGCAUCGAUCCGAGAUUUACAAACCUCCAGCCAGACCCACUGUUAUUCCCAUCAGCUAAUGCCAAAGCCACACAGCCGAGGACCCCAAAAGGCAAUGUAAAAAAGAGAAAAGACCAACGAAGAGAAGGACGUACUGAAACCUGCCAAGGGAAGGAUCAACGCCUGCUACGGACAGUAGUACACCAUGCCUCUGGUAAAGCGGAGUAUUGAGCCCAGGCACCUGUGCAGGGGAUCUGUGCCUGACGGGGUGUCCAGUGAGCUGGAGUGUGUCACCAACAGCACCCUGGCAGCUAUCAUCAAGCAGCUCGGCAGCCUCAGUCGCCAUGCAGAGGACGUCUUUGGCGAGCUGUUUAAAGAAGCCAACAGCUUCUACCUGCGCAUGAGCCACCUGCAGGACCGCGUGGACGUGCUGUCCAUCAAAGUCACCCAGCUGGACUCGACUGUGGAGGAGGUUUCUCUGCAGGACAUCAACAUGAGGAAGGCAUUUAGGAGCUCCACCAUUCAGGAUCAGCAAGUGGUGUCUCGGACCUCCAUUCCCAAUCCCGUAAUGGAGAUCUACCACCGCGGAGACAAGCCCCCUCCCCUCAGUAUCCUCAGCCCAUACAGAGAUGAUAAGAAAGAUGCUCUGAAGUUCUACACAGAUCCCUCUUACUUCUUUAACCUGUGGAAGGAGAAAAUGCUGCAAGCUACAGAAGAUAAGAGGAAAGAAAAGAGACGUCAGAAGACGAGCGCUCCAACCCAGACUCACUGGGCCCAGUCUAAGUCCCAGUCCAGACAGGCCCCUCCCAGAAGUCCACUCUGCUCUGCCGAGCAGCAGAAGCAGCUGGAGGAACCAGGGAGAGAGGUGAAGAAGGUGAGGAAGGCUCGGAAUCGCAGACAGGAAUGGAACGUGCUGGCAUACGACAAAGAGUUCCGUCCGGAUGCCCGAAUCACGCCAUCCCCGUACCACGGCAUGUCCUCUGAGGGCUCCCUCUCACCUGAUAACAGGUCAUUGGCGUCUGACGUGGGCGAGCACUCGUACCCAGGAAGCCCAAGUCGCCCAGCGCAGCAGAUGGGCCCGCCCAGUGCCUACUCUAUCAGCGAUGGCAAGGAGCUCCUCCUCACACCCUCCCAGGCUCAGACGCAGUCCCUGGACCGCAGCUACCGGCCCACUGCCAGCCUGUCCACGUCCACGGACAGGCAUACGCUGGGCAGAGUCCUGCCCCCUGUUACAGACCCUGCCCUCAAUGGGCCCCGCCCAGCCCAGGGCAAAGACUACAGUGCUCAGCAGGGCCAGCACCCAGAGUUCUUCAUCCCUCCAGCUCCGCCCCCUCCCCCACCCCUCAUCCCCUCGGCUCAGACGGCCUUCGACAGCCCGGCCUCGCCCUCCCCGCUGCCUCCCAGCGCGGCGACGUUGUCCUGCUCCUACAGCCCCUCGCCGCCCACGCCUGCCCUGCCAGCCUCCUACACCCCGUCUCCCGCCCACCCGCCGCCUGCGGCCCCGCCUCCGCCGCCGCCGGGGCCGCCCCCCCACGCCCAUCUCCACAGCCAGCCUCAUGCGCACGGCCUGGCCCAAGCCCCCGGAGAGGGCAUGGCGACCCUGAUCCCCAUGAGCGACGCACGAAGCGACCUGCUCGCCGCCAUCCGACGAGGCAUCCAGCUGCGUAAGGUGCAGGAGCAGAGGGAGCUGGAAGCUAAGAAGGAGCCGGUGGGCAACGACGUGGCCACCAUCCUGUCUCGCCGCAUUGCCGUGGAGUACAGCGAAUCGGACGAGGACUCCGAGCUGGACGAGAACGAGUGGUCCGACUGAAGGAGGAGACGGGGUGGGGGGUAGUCGCUUUCGGGAAGGCUGAACUGGGUCCUAACACUCUGCACUUUACCCCCGCAUGGCUACAGAGCCUCAUAGUCUAACACGCACAUUCUGGAGGGUCUCCUCCAGCUUUAACACGAUUCAAUAUUUAACCGAUAGGCCAUGGUAGGAAGUCUUCUAGUUCACAUCUGAUGUUGGUGUUGCGCAAGUUAGUGGGUUAGUGGGGUGUACGGGCAUACAUACGGACCUCCGGUUCCGUGACUCACGGGUGGUACCGUCCUAAACGGACGACGUUUUUUUGGAAUGGAGUCGCAUGAUGGCAGAGGGCUUUCCGUACGGGUCUCGCAUUACCGCGUGGGGUCCUGUCCUGCCUGCCACCGUGUCGCCGAUCUCCCCCCGCAGUGCGUCUCGCCGGCGCUCGUUAGCCUGCCCCCUGGUCAGACCACUAGGGCCUGGUUGGUUAGGAGCAGACGAUGGUUGUCAUCUACAGGUGUAUUAGAAUGUUAGAGCUUUUUCAAAUGUAUGUACCCCGUUUCCACUGAGAAUUACGACCAAAACAAAGCUCCACCCUCAUUUGGACUGAAAUUCAAGUUCAGCUUACAUCGUCGUUUCUCUCUUACCAUAAUGCUAGCACAGGAAACGUGUAUUUUCACUUUAGCAUAAAGGCCAUUUAGGUUACACAUGUGUGGGAUGCUUCCUUAUAUUAAAAAAAAAAUCUUUUUCUAAUGACAUAAAUUAGGGAAUUGUUGAUGCCACAUUGAUUUACUAAGCUGUUUGAGUGUGUUUUUAGUGCUCAGACCUUUCCCUCUGUUAUGGAGGACUCUGAAUAGCUGCAGUCGGUUAAUGGUGUGCCGCAUGCGUCGACGCAUGUGUUAAACUUUUGGUUCGGUAAGGAGGAGUUGAUAUCUUCAGCAGGGUGAAGCUAAGAUGUUCACUGGCUUUUUAGUCAUUAAAUAGCAGGUCCUUUUCUGUUUCUCUGUGGACAUUCAAAAAGAUAUACAGUCCCCUGGCCUUCUGGGUAACAAGAAUCCUACCCUCUUCAGUGCAUUAAACAUAUGGUGAGAUUUUAGAGAUUUGUCCGUAGCCACAUGAACCAUAGUUCAUGGUGGACUACGAGGACCUCGCUAGUAGUCCACCCCACCCUCUAUAUUUCCGUGUGACCCUGUAUCCAUGUCAUCUCAAUCCCACGCUGGAACAGAAUGGGCUGAGGUUUACCCACUUGGGCCAUAGAAGGUUUGGAGUGAAUUCUGCUGCCUUCUAGGAUUUCCUCCCUCUGGGCUCUUUAUUACAUUCUGUUUGGCAGUUUGAGAUUCUAAUUUGUACAAAAUAACAUCACUCAAACAUUUUAGUUUGUUAUAUUUAUUUGCUUAUAUGUGUUACUAAUAGCUGCACAAAUAAAGCUGAUGUUUAGUUUAUAAUUAAUUAAAUCUUUAACUAUAAAGGCUUGUGUGUAUGACUUGCAAGUUGUAUGUAAAAUAUCUUCUGUGUUUUAAAUAACAUAUAGAGUAACUCUGCCUGUAAAGUAAUUUUGCUUAUCCGAGUGACUGAAAACAAGCAUUCAGUGUAUCUUCAAGAAUCUGUAGGCCAGAACAAUAUGCAUGUCUGAAAGGCCAAUAAAAUCCCACCAAAAGACACA